AUGGCUUCCAUCAAUGAGCCUACCACUAAGGUGUGGCUCACAUCACUACUGGAACCAGGCCAACUGCUACUCUGGGCCAUACCAUUUCAUAUCAAAGUGAACCUGGAAGCGGUCUUUAAACGAGGCCAGAUCCUCGCUCCACUACUCCAAUCCGGGAGGCUCCGUGAUGAAGCUUUCGGCCGAUUCUGGGUCUCCUUUAGCAACGCCGUCGAAUCCCAACCCCCACCCCCACCAACCCAAACGGGUGUCCAACGUUCCUCGGAUCUAAUCCCGCCCGUCAUGUCCCACGCCUCAGGCCUAGUCCUAGACGUCGGGCCGGGAACAGGAACCCAAAUGCCCCUUCUACGUUCGCCAGCUAUCAAAGCAAUCUACGGCGCUGAGCCCUGCCACGGUCUUCACGCAGCACUGCGAUCUAGAGCCGACGCCGAAGGCAUAGGUGAGAAGUACCACAUUCUUCCCUGUAGUGUCGCCGCCUCGGAACUCGUCCCCGUUCUCCAGAAACAGGACCUCCUGCCUGCUGGUGCUGCCGCGCUUGACCAGGCGACCGGUGGUGUCUUCGACACGAUCCUUUGCGUCCGUGUGCUUUGCUCUGUGCCAGAUCUGGAACAGUCUGCUCGGGAACUGUAUGCUUUGCUUAAGCCUGGUGGGAAGAUUCUCGUCGUGGAGCAUGUGGUUAAUCCAUGGCGUACGGCGAAGGGGUCUGUUGUUGCGAGGGCUAUGCAGGCCGUUUAUGGGUUCUUGGGCUGGAGCUGGUAUAUUGGGGAUUGUCGGAUGAAUCGGGAUACGGAGAAGGCGUUGCGGGGCGCGGCGGAAGAGGAUGGAGGAUGGGAGUCAGUGGAGAUCGAGAGGUGGUUUGGGAGGACUUGCAUGCCGUAUAUUGCUGGGGUUUUUGUGAAGAGGGGUAGGUUGAAUUAUGGUAUAUAUGAUGAUAAAGGUUGUUUGGUAUAG